AUGUUAGGAUCUGAGAUUCCUGGUCAUGGAUUGUUCUUUCGUUCAAAUACAGACCCAAAGUGGGAGGAACUUGCGGCAACAUGGGGUCCGAAUCCACUAUCGUCAGAAUAUUUCGUCAAGCAACCAAAAACGGUCACCAAAGCAGUCGAAGAGAAAUAUACAAAAAUCCCGGGUUCGUGCAAUGAUACAAUUUGUACGACAGGUCGAACUUUAGCUCGUCUUGACAGUGAAGGUGUUGGUACUGGAUUAUGGUUUCAAAAUGGUUCCACUCCGCUUAGCUCUGUCGCAGUACCAUUAUUUGAAAAAGAUACUGUCAACACAAAAUGGAUUAAAGGAACUUGUUUUCCAUCUAUGGGUGUCCACUACUGGUACGAUAACAAAUUAGAUGCGGAUUGUGACACAUUCUUUCCAGCGUUCUUAUUAUACAAUAGAGGAAAAUUAACGGCACUUGGUUGGGUUAUCUUUCAAAAAGUUGUAUACACGAACCGAGCAGAACUUCCUCCGCUUGCUGCCAUUACCUCAUUUUUGAAACCCGUUCCGACCUGCGUCGAAAAACGUUAUACAGAUGCUGGUGGCUUCACAACAAUGCAUCUUUUUUUCAAUACAAACCCACCGAAUUUAAUCUGUUAA